AAAGGAAGCAUUCAUUCUUUUAUAUAUUUUUUUCCCAAUAUUAAAGAGUUCAGUGAAAGAAAAAAUUAAUAAAAAAAAAAUUUUAAAUCGAAUUCUUAAAAAUAAAUAGCAGAAAAAAGAGAAAUAAAUAAAGCAAAUUAAAAUUUACUGUAAAUAACGUAAAAAAAAGUGAAUUUUCUUGCAUUUUAUGAAUUUUCAAAAGGACUUUUAUACUCAAUUUUGAAAAAAAAAAUAUAUAAAAUAAUAUUGCCAAUUUUUUGUAAAAUUUUACUAUUUAAAAAAAAUUUAUUUAAUUUUAAAGAUAUUUUUUAAUUGAAAUUCUUGUAAUUAAAAUUUUAAACUUAACUACAAAAAUUCCUUUUGGAUUAUUACUUGGAUACUUUAAUUUAUAUACACUAACUUACAACUCGCUUUAGAUAGCAAUUCUACAUUAUAUACAUACAUAUAUAUACAAAAUAAGGCAAAAUAACUUUGGAAACAACAAUUUUUAUACAACUAUAAUACAUUUAAAAAAAAGAGGAACAAGCGACCUAUUUAUAGGAUAUAAAGAGAAUAACAAAAAAAAAUGAUACCAUUUAAAAUAUUUCGACCAAAAAUAAUUCGACCAUAUAUUACCAAAAAAAUGUUCAAAAAUCAAAUAUUUUUCGUUUUAACUGUAAUAAGUUGUUUAUUAUUACAAAGAAUACCGGCUACCAAAGCAAAUACACACAGUGUCCAAACAUAUCGACAAUCAUCAACACAAUUAGGGCAAUUAACAACAUCAAGUACAUUAGUAUGGGAAUCAUUUACAUAUGAUAAAAAACAAUUAGAAUAUGCUAUUAAAGGUGGUGAUUAUUAUAAAGAUGAUGUUAAAAUACCAAUAUUUGUUUGUCGAGCUAAUGAACAAGGUUUUUAUAUAAGUGGUCAUACCGAUAAAAGAGAUAAAAAUAAAUAUGUUUGUAUUGUAUCACAAUCAAAUGAAGUUAAAAUUCAUCAUACAUUCGAUUUAUUAGUAAAUAAAGGACAUUUGGGUAAAGUAACAUGGAAACCAUGGCAUAAAUUUAGUGCAGCAACACCAAUUGGUGCUGUUGCUGUUGCAAUGGGUAAUAGUAUAUCAGAUAUAAUAUAUGUUGCAAGACAUCGUAAUGGACAUCAUCGUCAAGGUAAUGAAAUUCAUGGUGCUGAUUUUAAUUUAGGAAGAUUUGAUCCAUCUGUCGGUUUUGGAAAAAUAAUUGUUACCGAAUAUAAAGAUGAGAAACAGCAUAAUGAUGGUGAAAUUUUAAUUGAAACUGAACCAUUUAGAUAUGAAUUAAGGGAUAUUGUAAUUGAUAAAACAAAACUUGAUAAAAAAAUUAAUAGAACUGAAUUAGGUUCUGCAACAUUAUCAAAUCCAGGACAAACUGAUAUGAUGGUUGAAACUGUUAUUUCAUAUAAAUAUGAAAAAACACAAUAUUGGGGUAAUCAUGAAGGUGUUGCAAGAGGAUUACCAACAAAAAUUUUUGAUAAAGAAAAAGGUGAUACAUCAAAACCAGAUGAAGUUAAUUGGGGUUUAAGAUAUUCUGAAAUGCGUGUUGAAACACGUACAGUUAGUACAAUGUUACCAGGUGGAACUGCUUUAAAUGUUACUUUAAGAGGAAAUUAUACAAGUAUGGAAGCUCCAUAUAGAGCAGCUUUAAUUGCAUUUUAUGAAGAUGGUGAAGAAACAGUAAAACGACAAAUUAAUGCAGUAGUUCAAAAAGCUACACUAAAAGAUAUAGGAUUAGAUUUUAGUCCAAUUUAUUGGAUUGAAAAUGGUACAUUUAUACCAACAACAACAACUACAACGACAACAACAUCAACAGAGGCAACAACAUCAACAAAAGAACCAUCACCAUUACAGGUUCCUAUUGUACAUAUAGCAACAAUCGGUUCUAGUUCAUCAUCAUCAUCGUCAUCAUCAUCUUCAUCAUCAUCAUCAUCAUCGUCUUCAUCAUCAUCAUCAUCAUCAUCUGAAUCAUCAUCUGAAAAUCAUUCAUCAUCUGAAGAUAAUGAUAGUCAACAUCAGAAUGCACAAAAACAACAAAACAAUAAGGAUUCAAGUUCAUCAAUAUUAAAUAAAAAUAACAAUGGUAUCCUAACGAUAAUAUUGUUAAUUAGUUUCAUAAAUUCAUUGGCCUUGUUGUAUUAGUAUGUGUGUUAUUUAAGAAAUUAUAAAAUUAAAAAAUUAAUUAAAAAAAACACAA